AUGGGUGACACCGCCAACGAAAUCAAGCUGCUUUCGGGCAACAGCCACCCCAUGCUUACGCGGUUGGUGGCAGACCGCCUCGGCAUCGAACCCGCAAAAACGCUGAGCUUGAACUACUCGAACCAGGAGACUAGUGUUACUAUUGGCGAGUCUGUCAGAGACGAGGAUGUCUUCAUUCUGCAAUCAACCGCUCCGGGCGACAUCAACGACGGCCUGAUGGAGCUUCUCAUCAUGAUCCACGCUUGCCGCACGGCCUCCGCCCGUCGCAUCACGGCCGUCGUCCCCAACUUCCCUUAUGCCCGCCAGGACAAGAAGGACAAGAGCCGCGCUCCCAUCUCCGCCAAGCUAAUCGCCAACAUGCUCGAGACCGCCGGCUGCAGCCACGUCAUUACUAUGGACCUGCACGCCUCACAGAUUCAGGGAUUCUUCAGCGUCCCUGUCGACAACUUAUACGCCGAGCCCAGCGUCCUGCGCUUCAUCCGGGAAAACCCCAAGCUGCAGCGCGACGAGACCGUCAUUGUCAGCCCCGAUGCUGGCGGUGCGAAGCGCGCUACGUCUAUUGCCGACGGCUUGGAAAUGGCUUUUGCCUUGAUCCACAAGGAGCGGCCGCGGCCCAACGUCGUUGGCCGCAUGGUCCUUGUUGGCGAUGUCCAGGACAAGAUUGCUAUUUUGGUCGACGAUAUGGCCGACACAUGCGGUACUCUCGCAAAGGUGAAGCUAACUACACGAUAUGACUUACAUGUCUCAUGGCUAGCCGCUGCCACACUGAAGGAGCACGGCGCACGCGAGGUGAUUGCCAUCGUGACACACGGCAUUCUGAGCGGUGGUGCUGUGGAUACCAUCAACAAGAGUUGUCUGUCCCAGGUUGUUGUCACCAACACCGUUCCCCUGGGCGACAAGCAGGAACGCUGCCCAAAGAUCAAGGUCAUCGACGUCAGCAGCACCAUCGCCGAGUCCAUUCGCAGGACACAUAACGGCGAGAGUGUCAGUUAUCUCUUCAGAAAUGUGCCUGUGUAA